AUGCCUCGCCUCAGCGCCAACCUCAUCUCCAGCUCCAACCGCACCAGCAACAGCCACCGCUACCGCUACCGCAACCGCAACCACAUCACCAACCGCAUCACCAACCGCAACCCCAACCGCGGUCUUGUGAGACGCAGACGCUCGUCUAGAAGAGCAGACGCGUUUGUUCCUUUGUUCCCAAGAGAGGUCAAGAGAACUGUGCAGGACAUGUACGCUGCUGACAUGUCGCUUGGCCAAGAAGAGAGAGAGGCUCCUCCCAGAAAGAAGCGUGCGGUGAACAUUGUCUUCACCGAUUGUCGGUCCAGCUUGGCCGGUGUUAGGGGACUUAUUGAAACCCCAUCUGAAGUUGCCGAGCGUGAGCUGGCUAUCAAGAAUGCCGCUGCCAAAGCUUUGGAGGCCGAGCUGGCCGAACGUGUGCUGGCUGAGCGUGAGCUAGCUCUUGAAGCAGCAGCAGCCGAUGUCUUCCUUGUCGAAGAAGCUGCUUUCGUAGCUUCGCGAGCUGAGGAGAUCGCGGAAAUUGCCGUGGAACUUUCCGAGAAAGCUGCACAAGUGGCAGCAGAUAACGCCGAGCUAGGAGUAAGACUAGCUGUACAGGCGAUUUCCCGCGCCGAAGACGCGUAUGUAGCGGCACGCACACGCGCAGCCCAGUCAGCAGCAGCAUCUGACGAUGCUUUCCAUACCGCACUCUGUGCCGAACAAGACACACUGGCUUACAUUGGAGCUAGUGCUCCAUAUUCUGGCUCGGGGGCAGCCUAUGCCAUUGAGAUGGCUCAAGAAGCGGCCACCAGGCAAAAAGUGGCCGCAAUCACGGCUAAUGCUGCGCGCGUUGCCUUUGUGGCAACCAUCACCGUCCGAGAGAGAGUUUCUGUGGCAGAAGCCAAAGCCAGUGAAGCGGCGCAAGUUGCCGCGGCUGCGAAGAAGAUGGCUGAAAAGGCCGAUACAAAACAUGCAGAAGUGGCCGAAAAAGCGGCUAUAGUAGCCGAAAUUGCUGCAGCAGCAACAGCAGCAAUCCCAAAAGCCAAGAACCAAGAACCAAGAGCCAAGAGCCAAGAGCCAAGAGCAGAGAGCAGAGAGAAGAGGAUCAGGAUCAAGGGCAGGGGAAGGGGUAGAGAUGGAUUUAAUAAAUAA